AUGAGAAAAGUAAUUGUGGCCGGUCAUUCUCAGCCUUUAGGCUCAUCCGCUUCGUUUUUAUUUUCCAAAAUUCAUCGUGAAGCACUGGUAGUACAACAAAGAAGAAUUUUCUUCUCAUCGCUCGCAUCGACAUCUUCGUCGUUAUGGAUGGAAAAAACGAAAAUCCGAGGUGGCUUUUAUUCGGACUCGACAAACAAGAAUCUCUCCUCCUUGUUACAUUCUAAUUUCAUGAACAACACAAGUAACAACAAGGGUAUGAGAAGAAAUUACUAUACCUCUCGGAACCUUUGUGAGUCAAAUCAACCUGAGGCACAAGCCACAAAUACGGAGAGAACACAGGCUAUGGAUCUCCUACUUUCUGAGCAAGAUCCAGGUGAGGAGAAUGGGACUAAUAAUGCAGAAGAAAAUGAUAUAUCUGCAAUUACUCUUGCCACAUAUAUGCAACGAAACAGACAUUAUCGCAAGUUUACUGAAGAUGAAGUGAAACAAUUGAAACGUAAUUAUCCCAAUUUAAUGAAUCCUCCAACAUUGAUUCCAGAAUUUCCUUUCGAACUGGCAAGAAAAUCAUCUUCCACAACACAAUCAGUAUCAUCAUCAAACAAACCUAUAGUUUCUCCAAUCAAUACGGAGGAAUAUUUUGCUGUACUUGACAAGAUUUAUGCAAGAGUGGAACAGAGAGGAAUUUCAGUUUCAAAGGUUUGCGUUUGUGUGAGUGGAGGCGGAGAUUCUAUGGGAACUGCCAUUCUGGUUUCCAAAUGGCGUGACCACAUGAAACAAAAGAGAGGAAUCGAUUUGGAGUUGGUUGCCAUUGCUGUGGAUCAUCAAAUUAGAACAGAAUCAGAACACGAAAUGCUCUAUGUUCAUGAAAUACUCACCACCAAGCUUAAGUACAACAGUGUUACAUGUGCCAAGGUUCUCUGGUCGAGUGAGCAAAAGAAGCAACAACGAUUCUCUCGAAUGAAACGUCAAUUAAUCAUCAGCUCAGAAUGUGUCUCGCAAAAAUUUGACCUUGUCAUUACUGGUCAUCACAAACAAGAUAACAUUGAGACUAUGAUUCACAGAAUAGCUUUUGCAAGUGGUAUUUCUGGUAUUAACGGUAUUCCUCUCAUUCAUUCUUAUCGCGUUGCUGAAGCCAACAUUGUAAUGUCAAGACCUGGCUUGGUAUUUGACUCUCAAGAGUUGAAAGCUGUAUGCAUGCAAAACAAAAUCAAAUGGGUUGAAGAUCCAAAGAAUAGCGACAACAGUGAAUUUAGAGCAAUUAUUAGAUCGAGAUUGGGUAUCAUGUACAACUCUGGAAUUUCUCCAAACAAUUUCUACAAUUUAUUGCUCACUGUUGGAGCGGUACGUCAUAUUAUGGCUCGUGAAACACUCAACUUUUUCAAUCGUUAUGUCAGGUUUGAUGAUGAGUUUGGAUUUGCAGGAAUUUAUUUCUACAGUUUAGAGAAGACAGCAGAAUUUAUUGCAUUGAAUGCUCUCAAUACUCUCAUUCAAUAUGUCACCAAUAGGGACUUACCAGUUAAGCUUGAUUCUUUGAAAAGUGUAGUCCGUUCAUUACCAAGCACAAAACGGUCCCUGGGUGGUACUUUACUUGUUCCUGACAAGAAGGUUCUUUACGUUAUUCGAGACACAGGUACUUUGAGAAGGAAAAAAAAGCAUCUAACCGUUCGAUUCCAUGAUAAUGGAGUCAUUUGGGACAAUCGAUUCUUUAUUCAAUUAUUCCAAUAUAACAAGAUGAACAUUUCUGAGAAAAAUAUUACCUAUUCCAAGAAACUCACAUUAGAAAAACAGCCUGAAUAUGACAAUGUAUUUAUUCCAAACUAUGAUGGAAAAGUUGAUACUGAUCCACAUGCAGAGUUAAGAAUUAGACCAUUCACUGAGGCCGAUCACAAAUAUUUCAUGGAGCAUUAUCCACUCAUGAUGAGAGCUGCCAAACAAUUCCCUGAUUACCUUACUCGAAGCUUCCCUGUCAUUGAGGAUGAUAAGGGAAUUCUUGCAAUUCCAUUUUUGGGAUGGAAGAGGUGUGUGAAUAUUUAUUGGCUGAUCAAGUUCCUGCCAUCUCAUAACAAAUUUAUCAUGGGAGAGGUUGAUAGUUUGUACGAUUUUGUCAAGUUGUUCACUUCCAAACAAAAGUAG